UUGUGACCAAUGGAAUAGCUUGUUGUAAAAUUAAACCAAUCAAAACAUAUAUUACAUAUUACACUUUAUUUACGGAAGUGAACUUUUGACCAGCUAAUAAACAAGAAAACAUUUUCUAAUUGCAAUAUCUACUGAUGACAAAGACAACGGGUAUGUUUACGUUCACCUGUAAAAACAUUCAUGGAUAUGUCUGUGUUACCAUUUAGAGGUGAUUGAUCCCUGCUUUGAAUAUAAUGACUAGUUUUGGAUGGAAAAGAAAAACUGGUGCAAAUGUUUCCAAAUUAACCUCGACAUCAUUCGAAGAGAACACCAAGGAUGAUGAUGAAGAAGUUCGCAGUGGUGAUAUCGAUUGGAUUUCUCUGGCGCCAAAGAGGAGAAUUAUUUCCUUAGAAGAUGCUCUUGGCAAGAGUGAGAGACUGAAGAAUGAAGGUUGUGUUCUUGCAGAGUCUGACAGAUAUUGGGAGGCCAUCAAGAAAUGGGACGAAGCACUCCACUUUAACCCUCUCAACUGUAAGGUCUACGAGAUGAAAGCUCAGGCUCUCAUGGCGCUGAAUGAGUUGUACCCAGCAGUGUCGGCAGCACGGAAGACUGUGGAGGUCUGCCCCACCUGGUGGGUGGGUCACCAGACCCUGGGGCGAGCACAACUCAACCUGGGAGAAGUGAGACUGGCUCUGCACAGUUUCUCCACGGCAGUUCACCUCAACCCUGCCGACCGGGAUCUGUGGGAGGAGGAUCUGAUGUGGGCCGACUCCCUGAUGCAACAACACAAACAGGCAGUGGAAACAGUCAAGCAGCAAGCAAACAAGUCCACUGUCACUAUAACCGAGAUCUCAGAUGACCCCUCCCCUGUGUGUGAUAGAGACCAGGCUAUGGACAAAUGUGACACCGGUGCCGGGGGUGAGGGGAUGUCUGUGAAGGCAUACAGCAGGGAGACGGCGGACAAGAUAAAGAGGACUGGGAAAUUGAAAUCUGUACCGAACAAUUAUGUCAUUAUGAGAGAUAAAUGAUACAAUAUGUA